AUGAAGAUGAAUUAUUCAUCAAUACGUUUUUGGUCAACAUUAAUAACAGAUUUUUUUGAUAUUAAAAUUAAUGUUAUUAAUCAAGAUUUUGGUGGAUCAACACUUAAACAAUGUAUGCAACAAUUUAAACGUAUUAUUUUACCAUUAGAACCACGUUUAUUACUUUGUUAUGCUGGUGAAAAUGAUAUAACAAAUAAUCAAACACCGACAAAUAUACAAUUUAUAUUAACAAUUCGUCGAUUUGUUUCAUUAUUACCGAUUGUUUAUAUUUCAAUAAAACCCAAUCCAAGGCGAUAUGAUAAAAUCAUUCAAAUGAAUAUAACUAAUAAUCUUAUACGAGAGGAUAUUCAAAAUAUGAAUAAUGUUGAUUAUAUUGAUAUUUUUAAUCAAAUGUUAACAUCAGAUGGAAUACUUCGAUCAGAAUUAUUCAUAUCAGAUAAUUUACAUAUGAAUGGACAAGGUUAUGUUAUUUGGACAAAAGCUGCUAAAAAUUAUCUACGAAUGAAUGGUUUUAUAUCUAAAGGUUUAAUAAUUGUCUUAAAAAUCGGAAUGGCUUCGAUUUUAAGUCGAUCAUUUCUGAUGAUGUCUCUUCGUAAAUCUUCAUCGUUUAAACGUUAUCCAUUAGUUUAUAUUCGUUCUAUUUCUUCUGAUCAUCAUCAUCAACAUCAACAUUAUCGUCCAUUAAUGCUCAUGGAUCUUCCACAUAUAGCUUAUCCAAAUAUAUUUCUCAUCAUAAAAAAUUUCUUUUCUCGACUAAUUAUUAAUGGACAUUUUGAUUCAACAUUUGCUAUAAAACCAUUUUGUGAUGGUGCUCGACAAGCCUUAACCGUUGUUUCACAGUUAAUUGGUAAUGGUCAAUUUGAUGAUCUUCCUGGAUUUGUUACACGAGAGGUUAUUAAUGAAGUUAAACAAAAUUAUGAACAUUUAUCAUCGCAACAAAAACAACAAAUUCCUGUUGAAGAAGGAGAAAUUAUUUUUUCUUGUCCAUAUCUUAUUGGUCUUAUUAUGGAUGAACAAGCAAAUACACGUAUGGUUGAAAUAACAAUGAUUUUCCAUGUAUUGAAAAAUCCUGAAUUAUAUCGAGAAGAAAUGUUCGAAGGUUCUGGUAGUGCUUUUUCAAAUUGGCUAUCAACAGUCAAAAAAAUGCGUGAUAAUAUUAUUGUUUGUAAUUAUAAAUUUUUACGUGAUAUGAGUAAAAAUGCUUCAGAUGAUAGUUGGAUUAUUACUGGACUUAAUCAUUGGUCACCGAAUGAAUAUUUUCAACAAAGCUAA